AGUGGCAAGAGUGCGACAGGGAACACCAUCCUUGGAAGAAAUGCAUUUGAAUCUAUGCUUUCACUAUGUUCAAUAACCCCGGACUAUGAAAAAGCUGAGAGUGUCAUCCAGGGAAGACCAAUUACUGUUGUUGACACUCCUGGUCUUUUUAACACUGGAGGAGUCACUGUACAAGAAACAGCUGAAAAGAUUGGAAAUGCCCUUCGCAAUUUCUAUGGUGGGGUCCAUGCCAUCGUCCUGGUGAUGCAGCUGGGCCAAGUCAUUGAAGAAUGCAAGCAAGUGGCUGAGUGGGUGACCAAGAUUUUCCAUCCUGAAGCACAGAGGUACACAAUCCUGUUAUUCACCAGAGCUGAAGAUCUUGAGAAGCCUGAAGAUCUGAAAGGUUUAAUCAAAGACAACAAAUACCUCAAGGAGCUGACAGCCAAGUGUGGAAAUCGGUACAUUGGUUUCAGCAACAGAGCCACUGGGGAGGCAAGGGAUCGGCAGGUUGCAGAGCUCAUCAGCAUGAUUGAUGCCAUGGUAGAGCAGAAUCGUGAUGCUCCGCGUUACACACGAGAAAUGCUGGAGAAACAUAAAGAGAAAUCUCCUGAACAGGGUAAAGGGGUCCGGGAAGCCUUGAUGCUCCUCAAGGUGGAAAUCUUAAAGGCGCAAGAACUGGCUGCUCCUGAAUGCCGUAAGGAUUCUGCUGGGGAAGCUGGCUGCCCGUGGCCUGGACAGGUCUGCCCUUCUUUGGGCAAGGAACUGGAUGAGGGCCGUGCCCAGCAGGUCGUGGUGAAUGGAAGCGAAGUCCUGCUGGCGACCCGUUACGAGUGGUGUCCCACAGGGUCG